AGCAUUGGAGAAGUUAACAAUCACUAUUUGUACUACACUCAAGUAGUGAUGGCUGCAGCACGUUAAUAUUAUCAGUAGAUAUUGGUACAAGGCAUCGACAGUGUGAGAUGUACUUUAAUAAUUAAAUCCGCGAGAAGGGUGUAGAUAACAGAGGCAUUUCUGAACCGUUCCAGCGGUAGCGGGCGUGCCAGGCAGCCUACCGCACUACACUCAUCAAUACAGUGCUGCCCGGAGUCUCGCGUUGCGAGCUCCACAGUCAGUGUAUAUAAGACUGACUACAUCAUCAGAAGGACGGCUCUCAGUCUUCUCUCACAUGUACUACAGGCGUCUUCUACCUAACGGAACGUACUAUGGUGUAAGGCCUUCGAGUUGAUCGUAUCUGUUUGUCAGAAUCCUUCCUGGUGUGUGAGACGUCUUUGUCGCUGACGAUGGGCGGUAUUCGGUGACAUGUCGCUUCAUUAAAGGAUUGAGUUUUAUAUGCAGUGCCAAUAUCUCUUGACUUGUCGCCAGACAUGGGGUGCAGGCAGGCCAAACCGCAACACACGGGGAAUGACAAGGCAGAGGAAAAGGGCAACUGCGAAACGGAGUUUACCACUGCCGUCGCCAUUGACCCACGUCUUCCCCUUGACCAGAGACAGGUGUUUAAGUUGAAGCAAUCGUGGAAAGGGAUUAAACGCAAUAUGGAACAGACAGGCGUUGAGAUGUUCAUCAGGUUGUUUAAAACCAACUCCGAACUCAAGGCCUUGUUUACAAGCUUUGCAAUGCUCGACGUCGAGGACGACCUGAGGGAAAACGAGGCUCUAGAGCACCACGCAACUCUUGUCAUGACGACGCUGGAUGACGCCUUUUCUCGUAUAGAUAACUACAGCUACGUCACGGAGGUCCUUCUAAAGACGGGAGAGUCCCACAGAAGAUUUAGCGCAUUUAGAUCAGAGAUAUUUUGGACAAUGAGAUCACCAUUCUUGGAAGCAGUGAAGAUUACCCUCGGGGAUCGCUACACAGACAAUAUGGAGUCAAUAUACAAAAUUGCUAUCACGUUCAUUCUACAGGCUCUUUCUGAUGGUUUCAACGAGGAUCAUAAAGUCAACAACAGUGCAUCACCGGUGGAGUCAGAACCUUGACAGGAUGUUCUGAGAUGUUUCUUCUCGUGGCAGGCCAACUCAAUGAGGAUGCAAAGCAAAUUAUGCGUGAACAGUGUCGGUGGCUUCCACUGAGCAGUUGGAAUUACCGUAGUUCCAGUGAUCAACGGCUACCAUCUUUGGCUGACCAUACAUCAACGACAACGUUCCGAAAGUAUUCCAUCAGUGGUGGCAUUGUCAUUUUAAGGUAUGCCAGCGAAGGAUAUGUGCAAUGAAGCGAAUAUGCCUGUACUAUGUGCUUAAAGGACGAAGGAGACUUAUCCUGGAUAACUGAUGUGCAAUGUUGAAAUCUCGAGCUUAUCGGAAGGAUGGAAUCAAGUAACACUGAUUCACCAGAAUGACAAGAGAAUAUCUAAAUUUACACCCCAGAAGAGAUGCUUUGUGGGGAACAACGUGUGCAAGCUUGGUAUACAUGUAAAAUGUAUCAUGGAAAUACUAGUAAUAAUUAGUUUAAAAUUGUGUAAAUACAUGGUGAAGACAAGCAUAAUAACGUGCUUGGUGUGUUUAUGAGUAUAACAUAUUGCCAUUGUGACAGAGUAUACAGUUGUCUUGCAACUAUUUAGCUGUUUACAAAUCAAUAUAAAAUAUCUAUAUAGACACUUUAGUUUUCUUCCAUUUCCUGCAGAAACUUGAUUUAAUUAGUCCCAUUUUCUGAAUAUAUCAUUCUAAUGCCACAACGAUGUAAAUACAUGAAGACAGUUACCGUAAUCCAUACAUUCUUUUCUUCUAGUUAGUGAAAGGCCUAUAAAGUUACACAUUCAGUUUCGAGAGGAACUGAAUUUAACGAUUUUCGUUUGUUUCGUGUCUAAGACCUGGCAUAAAUGGUGCCCAGGAAUAAAGUGAGACCUGGUCGAUGAAGGUAACUAAUUAAUGAAACGUCCGUGUCAAAGCUCGUUGGACCUCACAUUUGUGCAAGUUGAGUUCCUUGAAACAGAACAAAUCUGUUGAUUACGACAUUACAUACCCAUUCGGUGACUCCAUGUCGAAAUUGAAACAAUUCUCUAAGCACAGUUGGCAAUAUUAUUCCUGCAGAGAAUCCAAAACUUUGUCAAAUUCUAAGUCAAAUCCGUAAUUUUUGAAGUGUGUCUUUAAAAGCCUAUCCUAGCAGUAGUAACUACUGGAAUCAUGAUCCCAUAUGUCAUGAAGGACAUUUUCAGUGACACUCCUUCUAUACGUGGAUGGACAUGAUAUUCCACUGUUAGGUCAUCUUGUAUGUCAUUUGAAUCAAUCCUUUUAUCUAUAUGUUGAAGCACUGGCUCGAUAAUUCCAUAGGUAUUUACCCCUAUGUAUUAGGUGCCAGUGGUGUUCAUUAAUCGACUUCUUAAUUGUGCAACUUCAGGGAUAUUUAGAUUCUAUGCAUAUCAUCUUAUGAUUUCUAACCACAUUCUCGUGCUGUCCUAUUUAGCUGUUAGAAUUAUGUGCAUUGUAAAAUAGUAUUAUAUAUACCAUAAUGUGCAUUUGGACAUAACUGUGAAUGCCAGAGGAACCAAGGGAAGGCUGGUUGAAAUGACUGACCAACCACUGUGUUGCCUGUGUCAAUGUAUAACUAUUGUCAUCAUGUGAAUAUUUGAAACUCUCAGUAACUAACAAAAGAGUCACUUGUUCCAGAAAUGUAAGAUAUUAUAAUAUGUAACAUGUAACAUAACUUUUGCUUACCCGUUGUGUAAGUUAUCUGUUGAGAUGAAUUUCCCAUUGUCAGGAUAUUGCAAUCCGAAAUACCGUUGUUUCUUUCUAAGAUUUCAUUUGAAAUGGAAAGUUUAGAUUUCAGACAAACACUUCCCAUCUUCGUAUAAGGGG